AAAAGCCUCUCUCUCUCUCUCUCUCUCUCUCUCUCUCUCUAAAAACCCAGAGAGGAGGGAAUAGGGUUUCUCUCACUUGCGCACUUGAUUUCCUGUCACCCACUUCCAAAUCUUAUCCAAAGACCUAAUCUCCUGAACAUCAAAUCAGCUGAUCUCUCUCACGAGACCGUUCUUUUGCAUUUCCAUGGCUCUCAGUUAACUUUCUGAAGACGGAGAGAACCCUCAUGGAAGAGGGAGUUUGUGGAGCAAACGUGUUCAAGUCUGGUUCCAAGUCAAGCAUUGGACCAAAAUCUGAUAAUUUAUCGGACGCCAUAGAGAAAAAAGAGGCCGACAAAUGCAAGCAUUUCUCCAUCCGUGCUUUUGUUGGUGAGGUCCGCAGAAAAGAUCAAAAAAUUUGUUGGCCAUUUCCUUUGCUUGGUGACAAUGAGGAAUCCAACAAAGAAUCAGAUAUGCUUCCUCCAAUGCAUGUCCCUGAGUUCAGAUGGUGGGGUUGCCAAAACUGUCUCCAAAGAACUGAUGCUUCAGAUGAUGCAGCAGAUAUUAGACUGGUUUCCAAUUGCUACCCAUCUGCUGGUACAAUUUGUGGAUCAAGAAAUUCUGAUGUCAACACUUCAGUGGACGUAAUUGAUUCUGAAAUUUGCCCAUUGACGCAUGAUCACAUGAAAGAAAAGGUGACCAAUGUCAAGUCCAUCAUUAGACGAGAUAUGUUAUCAUCUGAAAACUACAGCAAUAUUGUGGUAAAUGAUGUUGAUAGGACAAUGAAAGAAUCAAUUUCUUCUGAAAUGAAGGUUGCUCAAGUUAUCAAUGUAGAAUUCAAUAAAGGGGCAGAAGGGGUAAAUCUCACCUUGGAAAACAGUGAACUUGUUGAAUUCAGCUAUAAAAACGAUGGAAGCAGUCAAGUGUGUAAGGGUAUCUUAAAAUGUGUGAAUAACAGUUUCACUGAAGUAUUCCGAAAGGAGAAGGGUAUGGUUUCCAUAAUAACUAAACCAUGUGAACAAGUGAAGGACAUGAAGUGUCACCAAAAACCUGAGCUCAGGACUCUGGAAAAUGAGGUUGUACGUACUCUCAUUGGUUUUCAUACAAGCAAAGAUAAUCCUUUGGAAUCCAUUGAGAAUGAGGACGAUAAGGAUGCACAUGGUUUCUCAAGCCAAGUUUUUGGUUCUAGAAAGCCACAAAAGUUCCGCUUGCUGAGUGAGAUCCUUAGUAGGGAUAUUUCCGGUGCUUACGCCAAAUUUUCCAGUUCUAAUAGGAAAACAUGUUUCCAUGACGUCAACUCAAAAGUUACUCAAACUAAAUCUGCAGAUGAUUCAGAAGAACCUGAUGGCCUAGGUUUAGAUAUUCCUUCAGGAGGUCAGAUUUCUGGGGACGAAAAUGUUGAAAUGGAUACUGCGGGUAGUAACAAAAAGAGGAAGGCACUUCAUAUUGAAGAUCGGGAACAAAUGAAAAGGUCUAAGAGCUUGGAUACAAAUGUUCGGAUUUAUAAGAGUAAUAAAGAGAACACUUCUAUUGACUCUGCAGUUGCUAAUUCUAAAUCAGCGAAAGAUGCAUUUAUUUGGAAUGGAUUACAUGGUGAUUUCAAAAGUCAAUCCAGUCCAAACAAGCCUGAGAGAAAGGUUAUUCAAGGCAAGAGGAAAAAUAAGACAACUCAACUGUCAGAUGAUGGAUCUGCUGAAAGGGUACUUCAUCCAUCUCUUACUCAAGGAGUAGACUUAAAUCAUGGUGUUGUCAAUGACAGAGCUACAUAUAGAAAGGAUGUUGUGAGUGACCUGAAAGCCAACACUGUUCUUACUGAAGGUGACAGGCCAACAACUUGUCAAGAUGUAAAUUGUAUGAGCUCUAAAACGAACAACGUUCCUGCUAAAAGAUUACAAGAAAAAGCAUCGAGAAGAGGACUUCAUAGUUUUGUUAAGUAUUGCAUGGCUGCAGAGGAAACCGCCGAAGAAUCUGCUUUGAAGAACCAAAAACAUGAGGGGCAUCAAGUUGGAAGUGGAACAAACUCUGUAAUGACUCACAAUAGUGUCAUGCCCAUAGAAGAUAAGGUUAUUAGCAAAAAAAUAGGACAUGCCACUAAAGUGGCCUCUGGACCAGGUUCACCUUCAGGUUUGAAAAUUGAAAAGGCUACUCCCAGAAAGUCUAGUUGGACUAUCAAGCAAAAUAGCACGUCUAAACUUCAAGACGGGGCAUCUCCUAUCUGGUCAAAGGAUCUCCCCUUCAUAUACAGUUUUGAGAACAAAACGGAUGUCCAAGGGCAUUCAGAAGCUAAAGACCAAAGUAAUGGAAGGGCUGAUAAGACGAAUGAAUCAGAAUCUUUAAAUGGCAUUCCAGUUGAAAUUGUGGAGCUCUUAGCCAAGAACCGACAUGAGAGGCGUCGUUUAGAAGCUGAGAAUGCCAAGGAGAACAAGUUAUGCUUGUCAACGAAAACCAAGAAUGUGACAGAUUCUGAAAUAUCUGAGUUCAGUGGUUUUCAUGAAAAGGAGAUGUUGAGAUACCCAUCGGGGCACAAAAUGCUUAAACCUCAGUCCAAUGCAGUAGGUAGCAUGUCUGCUGCGGGUAGAAGUGUGAUGCUUGAACCUGUAGAAGAAUCAAUAGCCUGCUUUUCUCAUCUUAAGAAAACCUUUAAAAGCAGUGGUUCCAAAAUAAAACAAUCGGAAGGACCUCAUGACACUAAGGGAGCUUUUGCAUUUUCGGACUCUCCAGUGAACCUUUCAAGUGGAAACCUAUUUUCUGAAGCUGGCACUAGCAAGAAAUGGGGAGUUAAAAGUUGCAGAUGGGAUGAGGAUAAGCUGGUGGAUGGAUAUCCUAAUUCUUCCUUUCAAUGUUCAACAUCAUGUCAUCAAUGUCAAAUUGUUCCUAGUCCUACGCAACGUAGAGGAGCACACCAUGUUUCCAUGCUGGAUGUAGCAGAUUGUCCUUUCCGAAUUGAAAGCUCUCAGAAAUCUGCAACUUUGUCACAAGCACCAAAUUGGAACAUUAAUUUAGAGACGUUCCAGAAGAUAAAUGAAGAACAGCCAUGUGCAUGUACAAACAAAAGAAUUGGAAAUUCGUCAAAUCCUAUUGGUCAACUGGAGUUAUGUUCCAAUGAAACCUUGCCUGCCACACAAUUGCUGAAACUCAUGGAUGCUGGGAUGAGCACAAAGGUAUCAAGAAAAGUGGAUAAAAACAUGGAGUUCACCAAUCAGGCUUCAUUUCCUCAUAUUAGUCAUCGUAGUGGCAUUUUCCCACUAAAUGGAGGACUACGCCGAGAUUCCUCUGCUCAUAAGGGAGGGAGGUCAAGUGAGUAUUUUACUUCAGUUCCCAUUUCCGAUCCUUUUGCUUUCCCAGGUCAGAGGGAUAAAAAUUGUGUCGGAAGAAGGCAUAUUUUGGGUCAGGUUUCUGAGAAAAUGGUGAAUGAUAGGCUUAAAUCUAAGGAAACGAAAAGAAGGAAACACUCCGAUUACCCCACUGCUGUGCAGGAUGCAGAUUCUAAGUUGCAUAGGUUUGGAGAUGGAAGUGGAGGUUUGGGGCAAAAGAAAGUAUCCUUCCACAUCGACGGCUUGAAGGCGGAGUUUCAUCUUCAUUCGAACUCAAUGAUGGUGCCUUCCAAGUCUGGUUUGGUUGAAAGCUCAAUUGGCAAUGUCGAGGUAGAAAAUAAGGUAGGAACAGUUGCACUGAUGGAAGGCAGUUGUGGGACAGUUAAACAGUUGAUCAUAUGCUCUCUUAACCGAAAUCCGGCUGAUUUUAGCAUUCCAGAAGCGAGAAACGAAUUCACUAUACGAGGAGGAGAUUUUAAACCAAGGAAAAUGGAUUCAAAACGAGGUAGACCUAGACUGAGGAUGAUGAAGCUUCAAGCCAUCAAAGAGUCUGCACAACAUUGAAUCUUGAUAGUUGCCGGAAGAUAUUCCAGGGUUUUGUCAACAGAGACGAUCAUCUGAAAUGUACUUGUGGAUAGAUAGGAGUGGGUAAUUUUCUUCUCCUUUCAAAGGUAGCAGAAUUUGAAGGAUCCUCAUGGUUCAGAAGUGUGUAUGUAUUGACAUUGAUCUUAAAGAAGACAGAGACUUUUCAUUCA